CUUUCUCACGUGGUGUGGGGCUGGUCAGUUCCGUGUUGACACCUCCUUCCUUUCCUCCUCCCCUUUUCCCCAUGCCGGGCCCCUCCCCUCCUUCCUGGAGCCCCAGAGGAGGCAGCCGCGGGCAGGCGGCGGCGGCGGCGGCUGUGGUGGUGUAGGGGGCGGUGGGUGAAUGGUCGUGGCUAGUGGGGGUGGGGGAAGUGCGCGCUUGUGUGUGUAAGUGUGUGUGUGUGUGUGUGUGUGUGUAAGUCUGCGUGUAUGCCCACCCGGCACGGCACUGACCGUAUGCCGUAAGCCGGCGCAGCGGAGGCGGCUACUAUUCCCCGAGGUUCGGCGCUCGGACGCCUGCAGCGGGAUGUUCUCCCGGAGGAGCCACGGGGAUGUCAAGAAAUCGACCCAGAAAGUGCUGGACCCGAAGAAGGACGUGUUGACCCGCCUGAAGCACCUUCGAGCGCUGCUAGAUAUUGUAGAUACGAGUGAACUGAAGCAUUUUUUUGAGACCAACUAUUCUCAGAUAUAUUUCAUCUUCUAUGAAAAUUUCAUAACACUGGAAAAUAGUUUAAAAUUAAAAGGAAAUAAUAAGUCACAAAGGGAGGAACUGGACUCUAUCCUCUUUCUUUUUGAAAAAAUCUUGCAACUACUACCUGAAAGGAUUUUUUUCCGAUGGCAUUACCACAGUAUAGGAUCAACUCUAAAGAAGCUUUUGCACACUGGAAAUUCUAUCAAGAUAAGAUGUGAAGGGAUCCGGCUCUAUCUUCUGUGGCUUCAAGCACUUCAAACAAAUUGUGCAGAAGAGCAGGUGCUAAUUUUUGCCUGCCUUGUACCUGGAUUUCCAGCAAUUAUGUCAUCAAGAGGUCCCUGUACACUUGAUACACUUAUAAAUCCUACUCCUUUUUCAUCAGAUACAAAGAUAUAUCCUGAAGAAAUAACCCCACUCUUGCCAGCUGUCUCAGGUGAAAAAAUUGGUGAUGAUCAAACCUGCUUUUUUCUUCAAGUAUUAUUGAGAUACAUGGUUAUUCAGGCUGCAAGCUUGGAAUGGAAGAAUAAGGAGAACCAAGACACUGGGUUUAAAUUUCUCUUUACUUUGUUUCGAAAGUAUUAUCUUCCCCAUUUGUUUCCAUCAUUCACAAAAUUAACUAACCUCUACAAACCUGUCCUGGACAUCCCCCAUGCAAGACCAAAACCAGUAUAUAUUGCUGCACCUCGAAACAAUGAAAAUACUUAUAGCACAAAAAUUCCAUAUAUGGCAGCUCGUGUUGCUUUUAUUAAGUGGAUUGUAACAUUUUUUCUGGAAAAGAAAUACCUAACUACAACUCAGAAUACUAAAAAUGGAGGAGAAGUAUUGCCUAAAAUCAUCCAGAAUGUUGGUGGAAUGGUACAAGAGAAAACCUCUGAGCUGGAAGUUAGUGGGCUGUCUGAACAGGACAAAAAUCAUUCUAAUAGCAGUACUUUGUCUGAUCGGAGACUCAGUAAUUCCAGCCUUUGUACCAUUGAAGAAGAACAUCGAACUGUAUAUGAAAUGGUUCAGCGAAUUCUCUUAUCUACUCGAGGCUAUGUCAAUUUUAUCAAUGAAAUAUUUCGUCAGGCUUUUUUGUUACCAUCCUGUGACAUAUCUGUAACAAGAAAAGUGGUCAAAGUAUAUAGAAAGUGGAUACUACAGGACAAACCUUUAUUCAUGGAGGAACCUGAUAAAAAAGACAUUAUUCAAGAUGAUGAUGCUAAUUUGGGAUUUUCAGUGACAGAGACAGAUAAUAAACAGGCCACAACUGAACAUUCUGGUCACAAACGAUCUUCAAGCUGGGGACGAACUUACUCCUUUACUAGUGCUGUUAGCAGAGGCUGUAUAUUAGAAGAUGAUAAUAAGAAUAUUAAAGCUGGUGUACAAGCUACACUACAGGUGUUUUUAACAAAUUCUGCCAAUGUCUUUUUAUUGGAGCCGUGUGCUGAAGUUCCCAUACUUUUGAAAGAGCAAGUUGAUGCCUGUAAAGCUGUUUUAAGUAUUUUUAGGCGCAUGAUAAUGGAACUUGCAAUGAACAAAAAGACAUGGGAGCAGAUGUUGCAAAUACUACUCAGGAUAACAGAAGCUGUCAUGCAGAAGCCAAAGGAUAACCAAAUAAAGGACUUGUUUGCCCAGAGCUUGGCAGGUUUACUGUUUAGGACACUUAUUGUAGCCUGGAUCAGAGCAAAUCUAUGUGUCUACAUUUCUCGAGAACUUUGGGAUGAUUUUCUUAGUGUGCUGUCUUCUCUAACUGACUGGGAGGAGCUCAUAAAUGAGUGGGCCAAUAUCAUGGAUUCUUUAACAGCAGUAUUGGCCAGAACAGUUUAUGGAGUUGAAAUGACAAAUCUGCCAUUGGAUAAACUUAGUGAGCAAAAAGAAAAGAAACAAAGAGGCAAAGGUUGUAUUUCAGAUUCACAGAAAGCCAAUGCAGUAGGGAGAUCAUUUUCUUUGAGUUGGAGAAGCCAUCCUGAUGUUACAGAACCAAUGAGAUUUAGAAGUGCUACCACCUCUGGAGCUCCAGGAGUUGAAAAAGCAAGGAAUAUAGUCCGGCAAAAAGCAACUGCUAAGCGAAGCCAGUCUAUCAGCAACUGUGCCCACCUUUCUGAGGCUUUGCCAACCACUAAAAGUGUACCUCUUCUGCUUCAUACUGUGAGCUCUCUCUUACCUGGUAUCUCUUACACUUCUUGCUCUCACAGACUGUCAGAAGUUGAAGAAUGUCAACAAUCAGAAAAUGUAAUGGGAAGUGAAUCUGGCUGCCUGUUGAUUGAUGAGGAACAACAUAUACCUCGUAGCAGUAGUACUUCUGAUAUAACUGACCAGUUAUAUUCUGAUGCUUAUCAAGGUAAAAAAAUAGAGAAUUCACAGAAUCUGAAUUCUUCAGACCCCAGACAAAUUCAAGAGAUUAAAGGACAUUUAAAGAAAGAACAUGAAGGACCAGCAGUUUUAGCGCAAAGAAGUAGCAGCCCAACUGAAAUAGAUCUAAAAGAUGAUUUACAGCAGACAGAAGGAAAAUGUAGAGAAAGACAAAAGAGUGAAAGUGUUAGCAGUGACACAUCUCUGGGCUAUAAUAAUGAGGUAGAGAUAACAAUGAAUCCAUGGCAUCCAUUUGAAGAAGACCAAGAACUGAAUACACCAACUGAUGUUACUGUUGACUCAGAUGCUAGACAUUGGCUACAGCUGAGCCCCACGGAUGCUGCUAAUUUAACAGAUAGCAGUGAGUGCCUGGCUGAUGAUUGCAGUAUAAUUGCUGGUGGAAAUCUCAUAGGUUGGCAUCCAGAUUCUGCUGCUGUGCUGUGGAGAAGAAUCUUGGGAAUCCUUGGAGAUGUGAAUAACAUCCAAUCACCCAAAAUUCAUGCCAAAGUAUUUGGCUAUCUCUAUGAACUCUGGUAUAAAUUAGCAAAGAUACGGGAUAACCUGGCAAUAAGUUUGGAUAACCAGACUUCUCCAUCUCCUCCUGUCUUGAUCCCACCACUCCGAAUGUUUGCAUCAUGGCUAUUUAAGGCUACCACAUUGCCAAAUGAAUAUAAAGAAGGUAAACUGCAAGCAUACAGGCUAAUCUGUGCUAUGAUGACCAGACGCCAAGAUGUUUUGCCAAAUUCUGAUUUCCUAGUGCAUUUUUAUCUUGUUAUGCACAUUGGCUUAACUAGUGAAGAUCAGGAUAUCUUAAAUACAGUUAUAAAGCAUUGUCCUUCCCGUUUUUUCUUCUUGGGUUUACCUGGCUUUACAAUGCUGAUAGGAGACUUCAUCACUGCUGCAUCCAGAGUUCUCAGUACAGACAUGUUGGCGGCCCCACGUUCAGAAGCUCACACCAUUUUGGGUUCUCUUGUUUGCUUUCCCAACAUUUACCCCAAAAUUCCAUUACUUCAGUCAGUUCCUGAAAUUGAUGAAGUCAUCACUGGAUCUGAAGACAUCAAAAAUUACCUCAUAAAUAUUUUAUUGAAGAAUGCAACAGAUGAGCCAUGUGAAGGUGCAAGAUGUAUUUCCGUAUGCUGCCUUGGACUUUGGAUAUGUGAAGAGCUCAUUCAGUAUACAAACCAUCCAAAAGUAAAGGCUUCAAUCAAUGUCCUAGGUGCAACUUUAAAGUUUCCUAAUAAGGUAGUGGCUCAGGUAGCUUGUGAUAUCCUUCAGAUGCUCGUUUCCUAUUGGGAAAAGCUUCAGAAGUAUGACAAUUCUCUGCCACGGAAAAUUACUGAAAUUCUUGUGGCUACAAUUGCAUUUCUUUUACCAAGUGCUGAAUACUCAUCAGUAGAAACAGAUAAGAAGUUUAUUGUUUCUCUUUUACUCUGCUUAUUGGAUUGGUGCAUGGCCUUGCCAAUGAAAACCCUGAUGCAUCAAGUAUCUACUGUUCUUGAAGAUCAUCAUUCAUCUCGAGCCCCCUUACUAGAUUACAUUUAUAGGGUUUUGCACUGUUGUGUUUCUGGCUCAAGCACAUAUACUCAACAAAGUCAUUACACAUUGACUCUGGCUGACCUUUCAUCUUCUGAUUAUGAUCCUUUUUUGCCACUGGCGAAUGUCCGGAAUUCUGAACCUGUACAGUACCAUUCCUCAACAGAAUUGGGGAACCUGCUUACAGUUGCUGAAGAAAAACGGAGGAGAAGUUUGGAAUUAAUCCCUCUGACUGCCCGUAUGGUGAUGACACACCUAGUAAACCACUUGAGUCACUAUCCACUCAGUGCGGGCCCUGCCAUUCUUCACAGCCUUGUUAGUGAAAAUCAUGACAAUGCAUACUUUGAGUCACCUGAGCUCUCUUCUGAAGUCUUCAGAAGUCCAAACCUACAGUUGUUUGUAUUUAAUGACAAUACCCUUAUGUCUUACCUUCAAAUUCCUGCUGAAAGAACAGAAGAGAAGCCAUCAGGUCCACUCUCUGAUGUCAGGCUUAUUGUGAGAGAUAUCUCUGGAAAAUAUUCUUGGGAUAGCAAAAUAUUAUAUGGACCUUUGGAAGGCUGCUUUACACAGAACAGGAGGAAUAAUUCAUUUGUGAUUUCAGACAGUAGACCUCAGACAUUUGAACCUGAGAAAGAAUUUUCUCAAAAUGAAGAAGUAGAUGAUGUGCUUGACAAAUUACUUGAAAAUAUUGGCAAUGCCAGCCCUGAAUGCCUUUUGCCAUCCCAGAUAAACCUAAAUGCUCCUUCACCAUCCCCAUUUGGAAUGAGUCAAGGUCAAGAAAAAGAGAUCAUCAAAGCAAUAUUAUAUCAGAAUGCCCAAGAAGAAGAAUAUGUACAGAGGUGCAGGUCUGAUGUUACACUGAAAGUUCCCAAUGAAGAACAGCCAGUUCCUUCUGAGCCACAAGGUCCAUUUUAUUUCUGUAGAUUACUGCUGAAUGACUUAGGAAUGAAUUCUUGGGACAGAAGAAAAAAUUUUCAUCUGCUGAAGAAAAAUUCUAAAUUGUUGAGAGAGUUGAAAAAUUUGGACUCACGUCAGUGCCGUGAAACACACAAGAUUGCAGUGUUUUAUAUUGCUGAAGGACAAGAAGACAAGUGCUCAAUACUAUCAAAUGCAAGGGGAAGCCAGGCAUAUGAAGACUUUGUUGCUGGGCUUGGUUGGGAGGUUGACCUUUCAUCACACUGUGGAUUUAUGGGUGGCCUGCAGCGAAAUGGCAGCACAGGACAAACUGCACCAUACUAUGCUACCUCUACUGUGGAAGUAAUUUUCCAUGUCUCCACUAGAAUGCCUUCUGAUUCAGAUGAUUCUCUUACCAAAAAGCUUCGUCACUUGGGAAAUGACGAGGUUCACAUCGUCUGGUCUGAACACACCAGGAACUACCGCAGGGGUAUUAUACCAACAGAUUUUGGAGAUGUUUUAAUUAUUAUUUAUCCAAUGAAGAAUCACAUGUUCUUCAUCGAGAUAAUGAAGAAACCAGAGAUUCCAUUUUUUGGACCUUUAUUUGAUGGAGCGAUAGUGACUGCACAGUUGCUGCCGAGCCUUAUAUGUGCCACAUGUAUCAAUGCCAGUAGGGCUGUGAAGUCUCUUAUACCCCUCUACCAGAGCUUUUAUGAAGAACGAGCUCUGUAUCUUGAAGCAAUAAUCCAGAAUCACAGAGAAGUAAUGACAUUUGAGGAUUUCGCAGCUCAAGUCUUUUCUCCCUCUCCUAGUUACUCCCUCAGUGGAACGGAGAGUCUCACCACCAGUGUGAGUGCCGACCUUCCAGUCUCUGGCGGAACAGAACUGGCUGGUCAAACGUCUCCCUCACUUAUCCGUGCCCCGAAACUCAAGAGCUCUGGGAAGCUUCGUCGUUCUGCCAGCGCCCUCAGCAAAUCUUCAAAUUAAAGGACAUUAGAAACUGAGUCAGCUCAAAGAAAAUGUGACACCGAAAAUAGGCUAUGUCAAUGAUUGUCUGAACUUCGCAGGAUGAUUUCGUGCUAUAAAAUCACAGUUCCUUCCAAAGAAGAAAAGAAAAAUGUACCACCAAACACAUUUCACUUCACUCUCCCUUGUGUAUUGUUUGUGACUAGACUAGGAACAGCAAGUACAAGGAAUCCUACACGGUUUUUGAUGUGUAUCACAGGUAACAGGUUUUGUGUAAUUCAAUUACUUUUUUCUUAUUUAUAGGCAGAAGCACAACUAUCAUAGGAAGAUACAAAGCAGGCAUUGAAGCAAAUUGUUUAUGGAAUUGUCUUUGGUUAUAUAGAUUUUAUUAAUAUUCAUUUUGAUCUUAGGAUUUGUGCUUUAGUUAAAUUUAAAAAAAAAACUUUCAUCAUCAUAGAAAACUGGUUUUCCCCAAGGGCCUUUCCUCAUGGCCCAGAAGUGAUUUCAGUUUCAUUUGAUUCACUUACUUCUCUACCUAGUCAGAUAUCAGGAUGUCAUUUUCCACCAGGUAUUCACUAGCACUGGAUAAGUUUUAAUGAUCAUAUGUAGAGUUUCCAGGUCAUAAUUGAGAAAGAUCUUGAAGAUUUGACUCUUUCUAGGAAUAUAGAUCAAAUCAAAUUAUAGCAGAUCUUCAUUCACUGGUAAUCUUCCAUGUGGAAAAGGGUGAGCAGGACAGUAUUCACUAUAAAAAUAUAGUUACUUAACUGAAUAGAAAGUCUAAGGCCUGCAAUUUGAAUCUGUAGUCUUUAUUAUUUGACCAUCAUUCAAACCUUGGAAAUCUGUUUUCACUCAGAUAUUGACCAUAUAACAGUCACUGACUAAUAUAUGGCCAGCACUCUUGAGACUUCAGUCCUAACACAUAGUAGAGCCUUCUUUUGCUAAAAAUACUUUUCUCUUCAUGCCCCAAAUCUUAAUGAGCAUUUCCACCUUCAUAAAAAUAAUUACAGAAGAAUUUCAACCUCCCUCUCAAGCGAGGUACAAAUACUUACUGAGAGCCAGCAUUGUGCAUGACACUCUACUGGACAUGGUGGAGAUAAAAACCAUUGAGUAUCCAUGUAGGACCUUCUGUGUGCCAGCCAAGAGGCUAAUAGCAUGAGAAGAAUUGCCUGGGGUUGGCCUAGCUUCUGAGUAACUUAAUGCUUGGUGACCCCAAUCAUUACUUUAUUCUAACCAGCUAAUGGUAAGAAACCUGGGAGAGUUCAUACCACUUGGCACCUGCUGGGUGUCUCCCAAGUCUUAGUACAGUUUGAAGCCUCAAGCCAAGACUUUGGAGACACCCAGUACAUUUCCUUCUAAGAUCAUCUUCAAAGCGUACAGAUCCCCAUUAGCCCACUUUACAUUUUCUCACGAACCACAAGAAGUAAAUUCAACGAUGAUGAGACAGGGAGAGGAGUGUGAGGAAGUCAGGGUUGGCAGGUGGUGCUGUGAUGAAUGCUCAGAGUCUCAGAAGAAAUUAGGUCAUGGGGAGGAUAUUAGCUCUUCUUUUUUUAUUUUCUUCAUUUCCUUUUAUAUUUUCAUGCAGUUGUUAUGCAAAAUAUCUUUCCGACUCCUUUCCUUUGAGGGUUCCAAUGAAGGCCUUCAAAAAUGGUGUCUGUACAUUUAGUCUAUUCCAAGGCACACACCAUUUUGAACCCUUGCCUGACUUAGAACAAUGUGUGAAAGUCUAGUUAGUUAGAAGUCAUGAAACUUCUACGUACCAUUCAGGAGGGUCUCUGACCUUCUGGUGGAUUGCUUUGUGGGCCACUGAAGCGUUAUCCCAAUUGGAGUUUUGGAAUCAGAAUUCUUUUUUAAUUUGUAGGGACAUGCCACGAAAAGAAUGUUGGUGUGUAACCUGGACCCAACUGGGCCCUUUUAAGGAGCACAAGAGAAAAAAUCAAUCACUUGAGGUUGUUUUUCUUUUGCAAACUAGUCUAUUUCUGGAAGUAUUCUCUGGCUCCUUAUCAUAGACAGUAUCAAGAAGAGUUUGUUUUCUUGAUUAUGCCAGCAAAUACCUCAUCCCCAUCUUGUUAGGUCUUAAAUCUACACAUGACACAAAUGCAAAUAGUUAGUCAGCCAUUGAGCUGUUUUUUUUUUAACACUUUAGAAAGCUCAAUAAAAUAAGUAAACUAACAGUUUUUAAACUUGAUUUGACUCAGAGUCCAUUGAGAUAAUUCUUUGAGGGAUAUAUAGUCAUCAAGUAUCAUGAAGGCAUGUGAAAUCACUGGGCUUCCAAGAGAGGUGAUGAUGAUGAUGCAUGUUGGUGUGGAAGAAGGCCAAAUCAAUGUCCCCUUAUUUCUUAGUGAUUACGGUGCAGCCCCCCACGCUUGUGCCACGGUGUUUCAGGGGAUGCUCUGGGACAGCAUUCCCAUCACAAACUGAUUGUCAGGCCUGGUGGCUAAGACACAAGCAUAUUUGAGUUCCUGCUUUAUUUUCUCUGGCCAAAGGGGGGAGGGGCUAAUUUCAUUUGCAAUUUUUAUGACCAAAAGUUACAAAGAAAAGGGGAGGGGGGCGUAAUAUGUUCCUGCUGGAGAUGAUUUAGAUGCUUGAUAACAGAUUUGGAAAUUUUUUUUUUAGAAAAAUAAUCUUAUAUCAAACAGAUUAUAAUCAUUUUUACUAUUGGAGUGGUAAAUGGAAAUGCUUGUUAUCUCGCUUAGAAAAGCAAAUAUUGCACCUUCAAAAUAAAUGCCUUUCAGCAAAAUCGAGUUGAUAAUCAGUCAGCACACACCCCUAGGUACCAGUGCUGACAAAUCACAUUAGCAGGUCAACCAUCUGUGAAUUAAAGUGUCCCUAAUUAGACCUAAAUGUGAUAAGACUUGGCUUUAAGACGGUGUUAGGUAUGCUGAGUUCUCCCUCGUCUGCAUGUUACUCUGAUGCUCUGUAGCUAAAAACUAAUGUAGCAAAAUCUCACAGAGGGCUUUUUAUUCUUAAAACUAAUACUAAAAGGGGGCGGGGGGUGAAACACCUUAACUAGACAGAAGCAAGAAAAUUCAGCCAUAUCCAGUGACUAUCCCAAGUGUCUUUAAACACACGUAGUCAGUAACACAGGACCUAGGAACUACAGGGUAAGGGGGGUUGUAGCCUUGGAUUCAAUGGCUUUGUUGACGGGCCAAACCCUGAGCCUUAUUUUUAAAAAAUGCCGAUUCAUAGAGCAAUGCAAAUCUCGAGAUCCUUCCUCAGGUCAAUUUACUCUGUUCUUCCACCGAUGUUGAAUUUGUUUUUAUCAUGUUGUAUAACAAAUUGAGGAAUACUUUAAAACUUACUGUGACUUCUCUGUGAUUUCGUUUUUAUCUCUUCUAUAUGUGAAACUAAAUUGCAUAUGGGACAAGCCAUUGUUUCUAGUUACAUUCAAUAUCUCUGUAUGAUAUAUGCAUUAAGUGAAUGUUUUCCCUUUUCAGGUCGACAAUGUUUAGUGUGUGUUUAAAUAAGGAAAUUCUGGUAUUUGAUAAAUUCAGUAAAAAUUAAGUUAUAGUGUA